AUGAGCUCGAUGCAGAGGAGGCGGGCGACGGCUGCUUGCGGUUCAGAGGACGAGGUGAGGGCAGCGCCACAUCGUUGGACUAGGCAGCUUGCAGGUGCGGGCGUAGGAGGAAGGUGGAGGAGACCGGCGAGGAUGCAUGGAGGAAGGCGAGCAGCGAAGGUCGACGCCGUCCUGUGCGGCUGCUACAGAGCCUCCGGCAGCGCGGAUCCUGUCGAGGACAGGCGCGAGAGGCGAGUCCGUCGCGAGGAAGCUCUGAAGCAACGAACAGGGUGCGGGGCGCCAUGA